UUGACAUACAAGCGGUAGUUCUUGUGUUUUGUUUUGUUGGAUUGGAAAAGAGCGAGUAGAAACACUUCUUCUAAAGACUGUUUUUUUUACAUACAUGUAGCUAGUCUCUUCUCAAGCCACUAGGCCUAUCUCAUGGAGAAUGAGUCAUCAGUCUGAAGAAGAAUCAGGCAAGAAACGGCUGCGACAGACUAGUCUCGAGGAUUGCUUCAGCUCAGUCAUUAAGCGCCAAAGAAGGCUACAGGAAGCAGAAGAAUCCAUCCUGGAUGACAUUGAGACGAGUGAGAUGAAUGUCAAACCUUCAGAGGUUUUCUCAGAGAAGCAGAGGAUGAUGCGAGAGCAGAUGGCGGCUGCCGCGGAGAGGAGAAGGGAGUCGCAAUCUCCGUACUCGACCCCGCCCCAUGACGAGCCGCCCUCACCAGAGAGCGACCCGAACAUUGACGCUAAACUAAACGAAUCAUGCCCAACCACAUCUCACAAUCAACCAAAGCCCAAGGGCAGUGAUGGCUUGAACGUCGACAAACCAUCAACAAGCACAACAGGAAAUAAACUCAAAGACACAGCAAACAGCAGUAGCAGCUACAGGAAAUCAACAGGAAACGGUAGCAGGAACUUUGAGUCGGUGUUCUCUUAUCUGGAAGACAGUGAUAAUGAUGAUAUUGGAGGGUCAUCUUCUUAUCCAUCUAAUAGAACAAGGAGUGGAGCUAAGGACUCCAUCCCUUCUCCCGCCUCGGUUAGAGACAGUCCCAAAAAACCAUCGCCCCGAAAGGUUAACUUGUCCCCAGUUUCUAAGAACACAUUGCAGAAGAAACCUAAGAUAGUUGAUUCCAAGGAUGAGGAGGAUUCAAUUGAAGAUGAGAAAGAUGACGGGAAUAUCUCGCCAACGUUGGAAUAUAACUCAUCGAUGCCGUUAUUCACAGAUUCUGAGCCGCAAUCGUCUCAAGACGUUGAUGUAUCGACAAACAAAGAUGCUGAAAGGAUAGUAUGGAGAGGAGUCAACAUCUCUGAGAUGAACCGAGCACCUGAUUGUCGGACUCCGCUACCUCAGCUCAAACCAAACAACGAACAUACCGUACUCUUCAGGCCAUAUAUACGGACUGGCACCCCACCUCGUCCGUAUCCAGAUGGAUACCGUGAUACAUGGGACACAAACCAUGUCAGGAUGCCAUGCUCCUUGGAAAACCUCUACCCUGUAGAUGGCAAGAACGGCGAAAAGACUGUUCAGAGUCGCUGGGAGCUGAUCGAGCAAACACUACUCUGUCCAAUCACAAACUCCUUAGAACUGGAGGAGGCCAUCUUGACGUACAAUGCUCGCUACUGCACCAAGUGGAACUUCUCAGGAUUGCAUCAUUUCUUCACAGAGGCGGUGGAUCUGAAUGAGACUCAACAUUUCUUCAGUUACCUUCUCCCCAAGAUUGUCAAGCUGGCGUUAAUGCUUCCAAAGAUAUGUACACAGGCGAUACCUCUUCUGAGGCAGCAACAGACCCAUACCAUCACCCUCACCCAGCUUCAGCUUGCCUCCCUCCUCGCCAAUGCAUUCUUCUGUACCUUCCCAAGACGCAACGCUCAACAAAAGAAAUCGGAAUACUCAAGAUUCCCGGACAUCAACUUCAACAGGUUAUUUGAAGGAUCACAAAGGAAGUCUUUGGGAGUCAAUCAACGCAAAGCGGAGAAACUCCGCUGCAUUAUCAACUACUUCAGAAGAAUAGACUUGCAAGUCCCAGCUGGUACCGUCUCAUUCACACGGAAAGCUCUUGAUACAAUGCCGAGAUGGGAGAAGAGUUCUAACACAUUAACGAAGGUUCACGGUAACGUGACUGGAAUGAUUGAAGAUGAGGGAGAGGGAAUGCUGCAGAUGGAUUUUGCCAACAUGUACAUCGGUGGCGGAGCUUUGGGCAACGGCUUGGUGCAAGAGGAGAUAAGAUUCAUGAUUUGUCCGGAGCUUAUCGUCUCCAGACUGUUCACGGAGGUCCUAGAUCCCAACGAGUGCCUCGUCAUCAAAGGUGUAGAGAGGUUCAAUGACUACACAGGGUAUGCUAAUACAUUCCAAUGGACUGGUGACUUUCAAGACAACAUCCCCAGAGAUUCUUGGGGCCGCAAGGAAACUGAAAUAGUCGCUCUCGACGCUCUUGUCUUCCGUAAUUUCUCAGACCAGUUCAAACCGCAGCUUCUUCGCAGAGAACUCAAUAAGGCGUUUUGUGGUUUCUACGAGAAUGGUACACCAGUGGCAAACCUUACAGCCAUUGCAACGGGCAACUGGGGAUGUGGAGCAUUUGGAGGGGACGCUCGACUCAAAGGUCUCUUACAGAUGAUGGCUGCAGCUGAGUGUCAUCGUGACGUGGCCUACUUUACUUUCGGGGAUGCGAAGCUGUGCUUUGAGCUUUGCAAGAUGAAUGAGUUCCUUGUGUCACAAGGUGUGACAGUUGGUGACCUCUGGCUGGUGUUGCAGCGCUACCGAGAGGAAGUCCUCAGUAAAACUAAAAGAAACUUUGCCAAUCUGUACACCUUCAUCUACCAGGUGUACAACGACUUUGAGUCGUCCACUGAUAACGAAGAAGAUGAGGAGGAGGAGAAGGAAGCAGGAAAAGGGGUUGAUGGAGAAGAUGCUGCGAGUGCUAGCCCAGAUUACAGAAUUGAUACUCCGUAGAGUAAAACCACUUUGUUAACUAUCACUGCUGUCGAUUUCACAAAAUUGUUUGUCACUUAUUAUUAAUCUUAGGACUAAGGACGAGUUCAGUUCCUUGUCCAUAGACUUUAGACUUUUUUCAUGUCUGCCUGGUGACAAAACAAUGCUGAUUUUUAAACUCAAGAUAAAAGAAAGACACUGUGGAUACCCAGAAGCUCCUUUGAAUCUUCUCAAGGGGUUAUCAAAAGGUGGAAGUGCUCUCAGUUUAAAGGAAAGGUACACUGCUGGUAAUUG